GAGCAUCAAUGGCUUCUCUGCCCCAGCCAUUGCCGUACGGCAGCAGCUACUAUCCUUCCGCCGGCUCCGUCCGGCACACUGGCAGGCCGGCGCCCGACGAGGGCGGAGGCUCCUUCGGGCCGGUGCUCGUGGUGCUCGCCGUCGUCUCCUUCCUCUCAGCCGCCGCGUGCAUCGCCGGCCGGCUGUGCGGCCGGAGGUCGUCGUCGUCGAGAGGAAAGUCCUCUGCAGAGCAGCAGAGCACUGCAGAUGCGGAGAAGGGGUUGGGUACUGCAAAGUGCCCGGCGGUUAUGAGGCCCCUGCCGAGCUCCCGCGCCACGGUGCACGACAUGGACGACGACGACGUUUUCGAGAUCAAGUUCGCGCACGUGAAGCCACCGGCGGAGUGGGAGAAACACGGCGCCGGUGGCGAUGGCGGUGGCAGGGUGCCCGCGCUGCCUCAGCCGCUGCUCGGCCCGCCCCGGCAGUACGCGGCAGCAGGCUUCAGGUGCGCUCCUGCUCCUGCAAACGGCGCCGGCGUAGCGAGGCAGGCGCAUCCGCCGCAGGUCAGGGGUGCUGGAGAUUCGUGCACUGCUCCUGCGAGGCCAACAAAGUAGAUGAUCGCCGCACGAUGUUUCUUGAUAGUACGCACCAAUAUACUACGGUAGUACUAUUAACUACGGCUUCGCAUACAUCUCCCAGAUGCAGAGGCUGAGGAUGAUUCCUCCUUUUCUAAAAAACUAUUAACUACAACAUCCUGUAAUAGUCUGUGAACAUUGAGUUGUGUUUCUAGUUUCGAAAUUCGAGUUUGCGUUUCCA